AUGGCGGACACACUACAAACAUAUCCGAAAUAUAAUAUUCCUGGAGAAGAAGGGGAACAUCCAUAUAAUUUUGCUGUGAUGAGAAUUUUUCGUCGUAAGGUCUACGCUAUCUUAGCAGCUCAGGUCAUAUUCGUACUUGUUUUCGCAGAGUGUAUCUUCCACUGGAAAGCAGUAUCAAUAUUUAUUAGUAAAAACAACUGGUUGUCUCCUUUGAGUGGUGUAAUUGGAACAGCAUCAAUACUAUUUCUUAUAUACUCACCUUGGAAUGCCACUUCUGAAAAACAAAUCCUAGAUGAAGAGUCACUGCUGAAAAAGAAUGCCUCUGUGAGAUUCUACGAAUUAACCAUCAAGCAACGAGUACUCUAUUUCAUCUAUACUUUAGCUUAUUCUUAUCAAUUCACUCGAUUAUCUUUGCUAAAUGAAGACUUCGAUGCUCGGUUCAAAUCUUUGAUAACCUCUUCAAUAAUUGUGUUCCUUAUUGCAGGAAUCGUUUGUGAUACAAGAGUUGGAGGGAAAAUGGGGUUUAUUAUUUCAAAGGAAAUUCUGGUGCUAUGGAUAACUAGCGUCUUGCUCGGUACUGUCUUCUUUGUUAUUUUAAUCGAUCAAGGAAUUAGUUGUUCUUUAGCAUAUAAUAUAUGGUCAGCACUGUUCUUAGGAAUGUACCCAAUUUUCGUAUUUGCUUCUAUGUUGCGGAACUUUGGUCCAAUCAAGGGUUGCCCAGAUGCACUUUUUCUUUUUAUAUGUAUUAUUACGAUAUUUCCACAGUUUCUAAAAUGGAUCAAAUGA